GCUCCUAGGUCCCUGUCCCAUGGACAUUUGGGGACCCUGGGCACCCUCUCUUGCUCCCAAAUUGUAAUUGGCUCCUGGAAACCUCACCCCAAAUUGGAGAUAGGCACCCCUCUUGUAGAACAAAAGGCUCAGGUUCAGGGAGUGAGGGCCUGAACUGUGCCCCCACCCUCCAGGAAGGGCCCUUCACAGCCUGGCUGCAGGGAUCAGUCACGUGUGGCCCUUUAUUAGGCCCUGCCAUAUAAGCCGAGGGCACGGGGUGGCCAGGAACUCUUUAGGCAAGAAUCCCGGAGGCAGAGGCCAUGCUGACCGCAGCGCUGCUGAGCUGUGCCCUGCUGCUGGCACUGCCUGUCACGCAAGGAGCCCAGAUGGGGUUGGCCCCCCUGGAGGGCAUCAGAAGGCCUGACCAGGCCCUGUUCCCAGAGCUCCCAGGCCUGGGUCUGCGGGCCCCACUGAAGAAGACAACUGCAGAACUGGCAGAAGAGGAUCUGUUGCAGGAGGCUCAGGCCUUGGCAGAGGUACUAGACUUGCAGGACCGUGAGCCCCGCUCCUCACGUCGCUGCGUAAGGCUGCAUGAGUCCUGCCUGGGACAGCAGGUGCCUUGCUGUGACCCCUGUGCCACAUGCUACUGCCGCUUCUUCAACGCCUUCUGCUACUGCCGCAAGCUGGGUACUGCCAUGAACCCCUGCAGCCGCACCUAGCUGGCCAACGUCAGGGUCAGGGCUAGCGUAGGGGCAAGCAAAUGCGAAUAAAGGAUGGGACCAAC